AGAAAAAGAAAAUGACACCCCCUCCUUCGUCGCCCUCAUCACCACCCCACCCCCCGGCCCCAUCCAUCCUCCCUUUCCACUCCCCUUUGCCAGCCUCCGCCUCGGUGCAGGGCCUCUCGCUCGCAGGAUUAGCGCAAUGGGAGGAGGCAGAGGUGAUCAGGUCCUGCCUGGCCUGGGACUUUUUGUCUUGAGGUGGGGAGGAGAGAAAUGGGAAGAGGUGGAGUAGCGGUUUUGGCCCGCUCUGCGGCUGCGAGGUUUAGAUCCGAGACUAACCUCUCCCGUGAUCGGUGAAGCCCUACCGGGGCAGAAAGCUGUUCCACCUGCACCAAGAAUGCGCGCUGGAGACGGCUGCCCCGGAGGCCCUGGCCCGAGAGGAGACCAGUCCCCGCUGCCCGUGCCUCCCACUAGCGCGCUCCCUGCGCCUCUCCCGCCGGACACUCAGCAGACGCCGGAGGCCAGGAGGCUAAGACUGGGCGCGUCGCAGGCCGGGACCGCGGCAGAGGCUGCUGUGCCGACCGAGGAGAGGGCUCUGCCGCCCCCACUUGCCCUGGGUGUCGAGAGCCCACUCCAGACGCGGCUCUUCUGAGGCUCAAUUCAAGCCACCCAGGCCUGAAUCCAGGAUGCUCUCUCUAAGUCGGUGUCCAACCCAGGGGCCUGUAAAUGUUGGAACCUAGGAUUUAGGAUGGGAGCGGUGAAGGGAUGGUCCUCUUGCCCAGCCCAGAUUAAGACGGGUUCAUCUGGAGGACUCUGCUUACACCCUCCCCGUCCCCUCGCCCUCCCACACACACAGCUGCCUCUCCCCAGGAUAUGCGCGGCACAGUGAAUUUAGUUUCUUUGAAAGGUAUAGUAUUUGUGGCAUCCUUAUAUGGAUAAUACCCGAUGAUGCCUGCACCCUGUAACAUUUUAGGAAGGCCGGAAGUCGCACACUGGGUCCUGGCUGCUGUAACUGGAGACCCCCAGAAAAUCCCCUGCAAGCAGCCACCAGCCCACUGUCAAGCCAAAAAUAAAAGCUCAGCACAAACAGGUACCCUGGGAACGUAUCCUGUUGAAAGGGAUUUUCCUUAUUUGUAAUCGUUUGUAAAGGGGCCCAGAGAGUAGGGUAGAGAGACCUGGGCAAGUUAUUCAACUUCUUUCCAAUUAUAAGAUGGGACUUGUAGUGUCCACCACACAGGGUUGUAAUGGUGAUGAUAUACAUGCUGAACUGCUGUCAUACGUGAUUAUGAAACAGUAAAACUGUGGUAACUAUGAGCUGAUCUAAAGCCAUAGUCCUGUAAG